UCCCUCGGUGGCUUCUGUAGUAUUUGAGAAAACAUGGCGUAUCACACAUGUAAGGCAUUUAUGUCCUUCCGUAGAAUAAAUGUUCUUGGCGUUGUCUUGCAGAGCUCAGGGAGCAAACUGAUAUACGUGAGGGCGUUAUCUAUGACCGCUCCGUUUGGGAAGGAAGGCCUUUCUGCUACAAACCGUAGAUCCUCAGUAGGAAAACCAAAAAGAGAUACAUUAAAGCCCAGGACAGAAAAUAUGGCAGUGGAUCAGGACUGGACCUCAGUUUAUCCAGCUGCUGCUUCCUUCAGAGCCACUUCUGUCCCCCUUCCUGUGAGGAUGGGCCAUCCUGCGGGAGGUGUUCACCCAGACAAAACGGGCAACUUGGAGCUGCUCAAGAUUCCAAACUUCCUGCAUUUGACACCAACUGCCAUAAAGAAACAUUGUGAGGCUCUGAAAGCAUUCUGUACAGAGUGGCCCUCUGGAUUAGACACUGACGCAAAGUGUGACCAGCUCUUCCCCAUCAAAAUAGAAAGCGCAGACUAUGUGUCUGCAGGUCCGUCUGUCAGAAACCUUUCUGCUCGUAUUGUUAAUCUCAAAGUAAAGCUGUCCAGUUUGAAUCUGGAUGAGCAUGCAUGGAAGAAAAUGGUCAAACUGGUUGGUGAGAGAUAUUGUAAAGAUACUGAUAUUCUCACCAUCACAGCUGACAGCUGCCCAUUGAGGCAACAGAAUUAUGACUAUGCCAUGUAUCUGCUGACUGUCCUUUACCACGAGUCUUGGAAAAUAGAAGCUUGGGAGGCUGAGAAGACUGCAGCAGACAUGGAGGAGUACAUGUGGGAGGACAGCCCGUCCCAAAAGAACAUCCUGGAUGUGUUAACAUGCAUGGAAGUGGCAGGAGAAGAACACCAGCGAGAACACCUUCUUGGACGAAGAGAGGUCCAAGAGUAUAAAGACUCUGUAAUUAGACUGAAGAAUGAAGGGGACAGUGAGACGUCUGUGCUCCAGUACAAAGAGGCUGUUAAGAAAGUGCUCAACCUGUAGGACUGUCAUGUGCAACUGGGUUCACAUGAUGAAUAUUAUGACCA